AUGAUCGCAACAGCUAUCUUCUUCAUGACUGCAUUGAUCACUACCAAUUUCAUCGCUAGAGGGACUAAUAUCCCAUCCUGCGGAGACCUCCCCUGCUACACUCCCAUAUACCCUUCAUCGGCAGAACUUGCGUUUAUGAUGGGAGCAAACACCCUAGCCUGUCUCAUGAAUUUCUUCGUUGUUCCACGACUGUUCAGCCGGUCCAAGAAUUCAAAAGUCGUCUUUUCCUUCCUGGCAGGGCUUGAGUUCGGACUAGGUCUUCUUAUCUCCGGUAUGGCCGAUUCAGCGAAGGUCUUACGGUUCUUCGCCUUCGUGACGGACCCAUCCCGUUUUGACCCCUCUCUGACUCUUAUAAUUCUCCUCGGAAUUGGCCCAUCGCUCAGUGCCUAUUUGCUUGAAAAGCCAGGUCAAGUCUCAAGAGAUGGGAAGGCCCCAACCAAACCGACACUGGCAGAAAGCUGGAGACUGCCCACGGCUUCAGUGGCAGAUAUCGAUUGGCGCUUUGUAGCAGGUGCGGCAGCCUUUGGACUCAGCUGGGGAUUGACCGGAGUGUGCCCUGGACCCGCCAUCCUGCGAGCGAUACUGCAACCAGCCUGGGGCCUGGUCGUAAUGAGCGGCUAUAUGUUGGGUAAUUUGAUCUAA